AUGAUCAACGAAGUAUACAACACCCAAAAGGGACUUGGCCGGCCCUUGACGGUCAUUGGACCAAAGCUGCGCGAUGGCCGCUGCGGGAUGCCGUACCUCCCCCACCACCAACAAACAGCUUUCUGGGCAUCUCUUGAUUCCUCUCAUCUCACUUUUGUUUCUCUUUUCUACAAUACACUGAGCGUCCUGUUAUUUACGGUCUCAUUUGAGACUUUGUUGCUUAUCAUGCAUUCCACGGGUCUAAGUAGUGAUGGUGCCGCCUACCGGUCUCGUGGGUACCAGCUCGAAAUGCUAGAGGCUAGCCGCAAGGAGAAUAUCAUUGUUGCGCUUAUCUGGUUUCUUGCACCGACUGUGGCAUUGAGCCUUCAACAACACGAAGUUAUCACUAGCCAGAUCCUCUCUGUGAAAACUAAGGUUUUAACCAGUCUGGACAAUGUUGAUCGAUGGACUGAACAGGCUGUCUGGGACAAGGUCCUCAAGGAUAUUCGCGUUGUUGUCUCAACAUAUGCUGUGCUUGCUGAUGCUUUGAGUCAUGGUUUUGUUCGGAUGUCGCGGCUUGCGCUUCUUAUCUUUGAUGAAGCUCACCACUGCACUAGACGCCAUCCGGCGAACAAGAUUAUGCAAAAUCACUACCAUCCCACCUUGCUGAGGUCAGGGCCAAACGCUGUACCCCGGAUUUUGGGACUCACUGCUAGCCCGGUGGUCCGUUCAAGUCAGAACGAGCUUCAAACAAUCGAAGCCAAUUUGAACGCAGUAUGCAAGACUCCACGUGUCCAUCGCACUGAGCUCUUCGAAAAUACCCAUCGCCCUCAUCUAGAGCGUCUCAACUACAUACCCUUCGAAGAAGCACACUAUGGCUUUGGAAGCCGACUACUUUCGCCUCUGGUAGAAUGUUGCAGGGCAUAUAACAUAGAAGACGAUCCGUGGAUCGAAUCAUUACGGUCAAAGGAUCACACUGUGGAGCUGGCGAAGGCUCUCACUACAGGCAAAACCUUCUGUAGCGAGCAACUCCGGAACUUCCAGGCGCGCAGUCGUCACAUUUAUGAAGAGCUGGGAGGCUGGGCCGCCGACUUCUUCAUCAGCGCUUCAAUUGACGAACUACAGCGCUCAAUUCAAGAUGCUAGUGAGAUGUCGCAUUUGGACCAAAGGGAGAGGAUUUACCUGUUAGAACUGCUACUUGCAAUGCCUGCGCCAGUUUCAGCCGAGGAGAGUACUCAUCUAUCCAUCAAGCUUGAAAUGCUUCUCAACUUCCUCGAAAGAAUGGAUAGGCCUGGCUUUUCCGGGCUACUCUUCGCCAAGCAGAGAGCAACCGUCAGUGUGUUAGCCCGCAUUUUAUCAAUUCACCCCAAAACCAGAGAUCGCUUCCAGUGUGCCGCUUAUGUUGGUUGGUCGAGUGAUAGAAACCGCAAGGGCUGCCUCGGUGAUCUACUUCAUCGGGAUAUGCAGCGAGAUACUCUUGAUGAAUUCAAAGCUGGUCGCAAAAACCUCAUUGUCGCCACUGAUGUUCUCGAAGAAGGCAUUGACAUAAGCGCAUGCAAUUUAGUUAUUUGUUACGACAAGCCUGCAAACCUCAAGUCAUUUGUGCAGCGGCGUGGGCGUGCUCGUCAUAGAGAAUCCACAUAUGCUAUCAUGAUCUCAAGUGAGGAUGAGUUGUUGAGUCUUCACAAAUGGCAGCAAUUAGAGCAAGCUAUGAUUAAAGCAUAUCAGGAUGAUGAGAGACAGCGUCGGGAAGCCUAUGAAAUCGAAGCUACUGAGGAGCAAGUGAAAGAAAGACUUUGGGUGGAAAAGACGAGUGCUCUGUUGACGGCGGACGACGCAGUGCAGCAUUUGCAUCACUUUUGCGCGGUCUUACCUGUUGAUGAGUUUUCCGACAACCGACCAAUAUUUUCCUUCCAAGAAAAUAGUGUGGGAUUGCUCUUGGGUACGGUCACAUUACCAAAUUCGGUGCACCCGACGGUUAGGCGAACAAACGGAAAGUCCUGGUGGCAGACAGAGCGAGCAGCCAGAAAGGAGACUGCAUUCCAGGCCUACAAAGCUUUACAUUCAUACGGUUUGGUCAACGACAACCUCUUGCCACUGACACGAAAACCAGAGUUGAGAUUCUCAGACCAGAUAACGCUCCCAUCCAUUGUGCAAGCUGCGGAGCAGCAUGACCCUUAUAUAGACCUUGCACAGGGCUGGGCCUCGGGGCAACUGUGCCGGACACGCUUGAAUAUAUACAGAAAUGGGUCUGUAGACGAAGAUAUGGCCAUCUGCUUAAUUUUGCCAAGGUUUACUCCGAUGCCACACCCAAUUCCUCUCUAUUGGGACCCCGAAACCUCCUUAGAACUCCACUUUGAUCCGCAAAUGUCGACGUUUGAGGCUACAACCGAGACACUGGAUCAAAUGAGAAGGGCCACGGCUCUCUAUCUACAAGCUCCCAGUUCGCGCCAGCGGGCAGACGACCGCGACUUCGUAGCCCUCUUCAUCCCCGAUAUUUUGCACGAGCACCUGGGAGAAUGGCUUACGGCGUACGAAGGAAAAGAGCCUGCACUGGAUGCCUACUCUAGGAAUCCAACUACCCCGCCUAUAGGUAUCGUCCGUGACCAGUCCAAAUUCAGCGAGCCACGGACAUUCAACAGAUGGAUUGUUCCUGUCCAGGUGACAAAGGCGUCGCCUAUUGAAAUGGAAUGUUCAUCGCUUCCCCGUCGCCGAAAUCUCCUCCAGGUGCGAGCCAUGAAUAUCGCCGAAGAUGGAGAGGCAGAGGCACCAAAGAAGUCGUACGUUUUACCUGCUGUAGCUUGUGUCAUCGACAAGCUUCCAGCGAAACAAGGUCUAUUUGGACUAUUCAUAUCUGCCAUUUUGGACCGACUAGAGGCAUAUUUGGUGGCACAUCGAUUGAACGAUACCAUUUUGAAAGGAGUCGAAAUUCAAAACAUCGACCAUGUCAUCACGGCUAUCAGCGCGCCCAUUGCACAGGCCAGUACUAACUAUCAGAGAUACGAGUUUUUUGGUGACUCUGUCCUUAAAUUCACUGUUAGUUGCCAGCUAUUCUUCCGGAACACCAACUGGCACGAGGGGUACCUCUCGGAGAGCCGUGACAAGCUUAUUCAGAACACUCGCCUUGCUCGUGCAGCUCUAGACACUGGCAUUGACUGCUUUAUCCUGACAAGCCGUUUCACCCCGCGGAAAUGGGCUGCACCGUUGAUCAAAAACAAGUUGGAACCAUCGACUGCCAAGAGGAAUAUAUCAACGAAGGUCCUGGCAGAUGUUGUGGAAUCCCUCAUUGGCGCAGCCUAUAUAGACGGUGGAAUACGCAAAGCGCAGGCCUGUCUGCAUCGCUUCUUGCCAGAGAUCGAUCUCUUCACAAACGACAUCUCACCUCUCAUCCUGCCACCAGGUAAAGGCGUGAGUAGUUUAAUCAACCACCAUCGACUAGCUGGUCUGAUUGGAUAUACUUUCAAAGACCCUGCCCUUCUAACAGAGGCGCUCACUCAUGCAUCCUGCGAGUACGAUACAUCAACGCAAUCCUACCAACGCCUCGAGUUCCUCGGCGAUGCCGUCCUCGACAUGGUCGUCAUGGCAGUGAUCGCAGCCCAUCCCGUAGAAAUGGAUCAGGGGCCAAUGACAUUGCUCAAGCAUUCCGUCGUCAACGCUAACCUCCUCGCAUUCUUCUGUAUGGAGCUAUGCGCCCCCGACGAACCUUCCCACGUCACCCAAUUCGUCAAUGGCGAAGUCAACUUUGUCCCACACUAUGCCCAGAUCCACUUAUGGCGCUUCCUCCGCUCCCAUGGUCCUAACAUCAAAUCUGCCCGGGAAGCCUGUCUCGAGCGGCACCAAGUUCUCAGUGCUGAGAUUCGCGAUGCCUUGGAACAUGGAAGCCAGUACCCGUGGGAGUUGUUCGCUCGUCUACGUGCGGAUAAAUUUUUGUCGGAUAUCAUCGAGAGUGUUCUUGGGGCGAUCUUCAUCGACUCUGGGGGCAAUCUAGAUGUGUGUCACGCAUUCGUCGAACGUAUCGGCCUAGUCUGGUACAUCCAGCGUGUCAUUGCCGACGGGGUUAAUGUCGUCCAUCCGCGGAAUAUCGCGCAGAACAUGGUGAAGGGAGCAGGUACCUUGGUCUUCAAGAGAAAGAGGGUCGAGUCUGGAGGUGUGGCUACGUAUCGAUGCUCGGCGGUGGUCAAUCAGACUGAGAUCGCGCUGGUGGAGGGUUGUGCUUCCGCCGAAGAGGCCGAGGUUAAGGUUGCAAAUGUCGCUAUUGAGCACUUGACCUUGCACCCGAUAGUCUCUACAUGA